CAUCACUAAUAUUAAAUGCUCGCACACAAAUGACAUUGACGGUUUUGACGGUUCUAAUGUCAAUAAAAUGUGAAUUCUUACGUCGGGGUACGGGUUUUGUCUAUUUGUUUAUGUUAGAUUUAUUUAAAAUUAUUUGUACAAGUGUUUAAUUGAAUUACUGCGCUAUAAAAAUUGUGAAUUUAUUUUGUUCAACUACACAAAAUGGAAACUUAAACUAUUUAAUGAUGUCCGAUACAACACCUUUUUAUGUGGAUCGAGCCAAAGCCGGUCGGGCUUCAUGCAAGGGAUGUAAAGGUAACUGUCCCAGUGGAGAAUUACGCUUAGCAAAAUUAGUUUUUAGCCCAUACGGAGAAAAUCAACAAAUGAAAUCAUGGCACCAUAUAGACUGCUUAAUGAAUGUUCUAUUAAAACAACGUCCGACAACAAAACGUAUAGAAUCGAUAGAUGACAUUGGAAACUGGGAAAAUAUAACUAAAGAAGACCAGGAAUUUAUAUUGAAAAAAAUUAAUGAGAUGGAAAAAAUUUAUGCUGAGAAAAAUAGUAGUAAGUAUACAGCAAAAGUGUUAAAAAAUGAGCCAUCACAAAAAGCAACGACUUCUAGUACUAGUGACAUUAAUACAGAUAAGAAAGUCGAUAUUGAUAUAGAAGACAAUAAAUUCUCAACCUUUUUUUCAUUGUGCAAAAAAAUCUCUAAAGUUGAUGCAUACACAGAUAAAACGGCAGAAGUAAAUAUUUUUUUUACUAAAGGAUGUGAUGGACAGAAGUUUAAAGGUGAUGUUAUUCUGUGGUGUAAACUGCUUUUGCCUCAAGUAUCUAAGCGUGUUUACAAUUUAAAAAGUAAGCAAUUAGUCAAGCUUUUCUCUAAAAUAUUUAAUUUAGAUCAUGACGAUAUGUUGACACAUUUAGAGCAAGGAGACAUUGCAGAAACUAUUCAAUAUUUCUUUACAAAGUCUAAUACUUUGAAACCUGCUUCAGAAAGUUCAUUAACAGUGCACAAUGUUGAAGAUUUUCUUGAAGAGCUCUCAAAAUUUACAAAAGAAGAAGAACAAAUAUAUCACUUUAAGAAAAUUGUAAAAAGGUGUACAACAAAUGAUCUUAAAAUGUUAAUAAGGUUAAUUAAAGGAGAUUUGCGGAUCAAUGCAGGGCCAAAGCACAUUCUAGAAGGUGUGCACCCCGAUGCUUAUAAUGUUUUUCAAACAUCUCGUGAUCUGAACAUGGUAUUGAAUAGAGUAUUGCAAAGUAGUGAUGUAAAGCAUAAAGAUUCAUUUCAGAAAAAUGUCCAAGCGAAAUUGAGCCUUAUGACUCCAGUCUUACCGAUGCUAGCUGAAGCAUGCAAGUCUGUUGAGAUGGCUAUGAAGAAAUGUCCUAAUGGUAUGUUUUCUGAGAUAAAAUAUGAUGGAGAACGAGUCCAAGUACACAAAAAGGGCAAAGAGUUUAAGUACUUUUCUCGUGCUCUAAAACCUGUUAUGGCUCACAAAGUUAGCCAUUUUAAAGACUACCUGCCACAAGCAUUUCCUAAAGGUGAUGAUUUGAUAUUAGAUGCGGAAGUUUUAAUGGUUGAUGUCAAUACAGGAAAGCCUUUACCAUUUGGUACAUUAGGUGUACAUAAACAAUCCGAGUUUAAAGAUGCACAAGUUUGUUUGUAUGUCUUUGAUUGCUUAUACUAUAAUGGUGAAAUUUUAAUUGAUAAGCCUGUUAGAAAGAGGCGUCAAAUAUUGGAUGAGAUUAUGGUUGAAGUUAAGAAUCAUGUGAUGUUUUCGGAGCAGCAGCUUAUUUACAAACCUGCUGAUUUAGCUAAUAUGAUUGCAAAGGUUUUACAAUUAGGUCUUGAAGGGCUUGUGUUAAAGGAUCUAGAAUCAACAUAUGAACCAGGCAAGAGGCAUUGGUUGAAAGUUAAAAAAGAUUACUUGUUUGAUGGUGCAAUGGCUGACACUGCAGAUCUUGUUGUUCUUGGGGCCUGGUUUGGUACGGGUAAGAAAGGAGGUAUGAUGUCUGUUUUCUUAAUGGGUUGCUUAGACACACGUCGAAAUCGUUGGGUCACAGUUACAAAGGUACACACGGGUCAUGACGACAGUACUUUGGAAAGGUUACAGAAAGAACUAACUCCACUGAUGGUAAAAAUAUCUCAGGAAUAUAUUAAGGUUCCAUCUUGGCUUGACUGUAAUAAAGGCAUGGUACCAGAUUUUGUGGCAAUGGAUCCUAAAAAGCAACCUGUUUGGGAAAUCACUGGUACUGAGUUGACAAAGGCCAAUUUACAUACAGCAGAUGGUAUAUCAGUUCGAUUUCCCAGAGUGACGAGAAUUCGUGACGACAAAAAUUGGGAAUCUGCAACCAAUUUGGAAGAAUUAAAACAUUUGUAUAAAACUUCCAAGGAAAAAACGGACGUUUCACUCUUGAACAAAUUAGCAGCAACUGCGGGUGACAGUUACGAGCCACCGACAAAGAAAAUCAAGCAAAGUCCAAUUAAACAAGAGAUUAAAACUAAAAAAGUUAAACAAAGUCCUAUUAAAAAUACAAAAAUGGACAAAUUUAUUGUUAAAGAUUCUAAAGUAUCUAAAGAUAAAGUAAUAAAAGAGGAACCGAAAUCAGAAGAUAAAAAAAGAAAGAAAUGCAAUGAUACAAUUACCUCAUUGGAACCUAUGAAUGGAACUAUUGAGAGUUUUGACGAAGUUGAAGAAAAGAAGUUUAAAAAGCAACUUUUACCCGAAGAUCCCUUACCAGAUGCUUUUAAAGAUAAAAAACUAGGAUUUUAUCCUGAUUUUAUAAGUAUACCAGAAAGAGAAAGAAGUUACUUUGAACGACAUUGGAUAGCAUAUGGAGGGACGAUAGUCAAAGCAAUCAAACCUAUGGACGUCGAUUUUGUCGUUCAUAAUGAAGAUACAAUAUGUUUUAAGAAAAUGAAGAAAUUGCAAAAGAAAAUGUCUACCAAUGUUAGACAUGUCACUAAGAGUUGGUUGAUAAAAUGUAUUAAUAGUGUAAAGCUUUGUGACACAGUACAUUAUGCUGUUUUUGUUGAACCUUCACAUUAAAUAUAUAUUUAUUAUCACUUGCGCAAUUGAGAUGAAAUAAGAAGACUUUUUUUUCUUUUUUUUUGCCAUUGUAAGGCAAAAGAGUAAACCUACUCAUGGUAAGUGAUCAAAAACACUCAUGCCAUAAAAUAUUAACUAUUUUGUACACUGUCGUUGCGCCGUCAAUCACUGCAAAAAUAAAUAGAGUAUUACUGUAUUGUAAUACAAAGUAUUACUGUUUGGUGGUAGAAUAAAUAUAC